AUGGACCAGAAGACUGCAUCCGCGAAAUCUAUCGCUGCACCAGCAUCGAUAGCAUCGGCUGCAUCGGCUGACACCCCAAAGCAACAUAUUCUGUCUGUAGUGACUGGUCGAUAUGCCGGUAGCACCCAUGACGUUCACUGCUCGGAGACUGCAAUUUGGGUGGUGCGAAGGGGAGGCUUUAAGUUCAGCGUGCAAAGUCGCUUUGCUGUCUCGUCAAGCAAAUGCAAUAAUGACGAUUCCAAGCCAUCACCAGCCACCAACUCGAUUUACUCCAAGCCAAUGCACCUGACGGACAGCAAGACUGGAACCGUUGACAUGUACAUUGCAUCCGAUUUGCAAGUCACGAUCAAGCAGACUGGCUCAGUAAUGAGCGGCUGGACAUACGCUCCAAUCAUCAAAAAAGUCCCAGCAGGACUCUGGUCGCCAUGUGAGAUGUCAAGUUCACACUUACACGACCCUAAGAAUGAUCCUUCAUCGGGUAGCGACUCGUCGUCACCUAUCCUGAACAAUACCGACAAGACCAUCGAUCUCAUGAUGGGUCUCACGCUGCAGGCCCCACCCCCGACCCUGUCUGACGACUCAAUCAAAGACUUUAACGCUCUGGAGUCCAUGUCACGGGAUGUCUUUGAAGAAGACGAACAUCCCAAUGUACCCAGCAAUGUGCAGACCCCGUCUACCGCCUGGCUUCCCGCGGCCAGAUCUGGAACUGGGAGCGAUCCGGCGCAGCCAUGGAAGGACGUGCAAGGCACAUGGGCUAGCCCUAAGCUCUCCAGGGUGGCAAUUGACUCUGCUGUUUCCGCAUGGGCUAAUGCAUUUGGUUACGGGUCAAUGAGUGCUGCUGCUCCGCCCAGAGCUUCGACGCUGGCCGAUGUGGAGGUGGAUUACAUGACGGCGCCUUUCGUUAGUGUUGCAGCUUAA